AAGAAUUGACAUAAGAGGCAGUUGAAUGACUACAAUAGUGAUAGAAAUGCCUUUAAUAUUAUGGAAUAUAGUACUAAUCAUCUUAUUAAUCCGACGGGUUGACAAUAAAGCAAUGAUGAUUGAACCACCGCAUCGGUCCAGUUUAUGGAGAUAUGACAAGACCGUACCUGUUAACACAAAGGACGAUAUGCUCAACUGCGGGGGAUAUGAGGUACAAUGGGAACAGAAUGGUGGUAUGUGUGGCGUGUGUGGCCAACCUUUUGAUGGCCUCAUAGUGAAUGGCGCUGAGUACAAGACUGUUAGAUCAUAUAAACAAGGAGCCUAUGUAAAUGUCACGGUUGAAGUUAAGAGUAAUCUUCUCGGCUUUUUCGAAUUUCGUCUUUGUCCCAGAAAUAGUUCAAAAGAAACUUUAACGCACGAUUGCUUCCAGCGAAACAUGCUUUGGAUUGAAGAGUCCUGGAGUACUCGUUACUAUGUUGGAAGUCAUGGUGGAAUUUAUGAUUUGCACGUGCGUCUACCAGCAGAUAUUUCCUGUACAAAUUGUGUUAUUCAGUGGAAGUUCAGUACAGGAUAUAGAAUGGGAGGGAUCAAUGAAUGUCAGUGUAUGGGUUGUGGUAGACAGGAAACUUUUUAUAACUGUGCUGAUAUCGAAAUACAGUCGGAUACCUUCUUCAGUGAUAGUGCUUUCGUUUCCACGGAAAUUAAUAUACACAAACCAUUAUUUUUAAUCUCUGAUAAAAACCUCACCGAUUCUAGUAUAGAACGCUUUCGGCAGACGUUGCCAGUUUUCGACAGUCCCAACGCUCUUGAAAUCCGCAAAGGUGAGAGCUCUAAGCUAAAACCUUCUUACAAUGACAAACUGCAGCAAACAAAAGACAUUUCAAAGAAAGUUUUGAAGGAUGCAGUAUCGAAUAUCAAGGACAAACAUGACCAUGUGAAAUGGAUUAAACCUUCAUGGCAGACGGGUAGUGCACACAUCAAAUUCAAAGCUAACAUGACAUUUCCCCUAAAAAUUACCCCAAGUAAAAAGAAUAUAGAAAAGAAAAGGUCAUUUUGGGAGAAAAACUUAGGAGAAUCGUCAUCCUCGCCGACAUGGAAUACAGCACCGGAUAGUUUAAAACAGAUGUCUUUCUGGGAAAAAAUCUCGGCCAAAGCGACGCCAAAACUUUUAAUAAAACCAAAGCCAGGAAGUCUCCUACUAACUAGAUUUGUCCCUAAACAAACAGAUAUUUACUUUUUUCCGGCAAACAGUGGUGAUUCAAUAACAUAUCCUUUAUUUUCACCAACUCGUCAACAUGCAACUACAAAAAACGGAGAUUGUUACUCAACUUCGCCAAAUUACCGAUGUAAAGCAAAAGGUCAAUACUCAAGUACUCGAGGCAUGGAACAAUGGUGUCUAAACAACUGCAAGUCCAAUCACUGUGUCAAGACUAUGUGUGAAUGUGGAUGUGAUGAUGUUGUAGUCCGUGAAAAAAAAUGUCACGCUGUUGGAGCAUUUGAAGAUAUUUAUGGAAUGGAUGAAUGGUGUUCUCGAAUAUGCUCCCGAAAAUCGUGCCCUCCAAAUGUAUGUAGUGUGAAAGACUGCCAAAGUGGUUUUUGAAACUGAUUUUCCAUUAUUUAUCAGAGAUAUAAA